GCUGAUGAAAAGACCAUCUUUUAAAGAGAUAAAGAGCCACCGACCAUCUUGAAGUCGUUGGUCAUCCAAGAUCGUGUUUGGUUAGACCUUUCAAAGAGGGUUAGUUGAUGAAUUGUGGUGACUGAGGACAGGUCUUUGAUAUCAGAAAGGUGCCUUUGUGGUAUUUAUCCUAGAUUUGGUGGAAAAGCAAUCACCAUGGAUACUGUAUAUUAUAAGUUGAGAAUCUUGGACAUGCAUUAGUUGUAGUCACUAUUCCAGCUGUGUUCUUGUUGUGAAGUCCUUUUUUUUUGUUGCGAGGCAUCCUGCAAAGUGGAUAAUCUUGAAGCUCCUUCGUGCGAUAAAAUGUGACAUGCUGAAAAAGGAAUUUAAAAUCGUUGAUUUAAAACAUUUGUAGCACUUUCUUUGUGAUAUUUCAUCUUUAAAUCACUCUGAGCAUUAUAGAGGCAUACUGCAGUAUUAAAGUGGACUCCCUUUACUCAAAGUUUCUCAUAUCUUCUUAUAGUGUCAUCUUUCAUUAUGGCAAGACAGAUCAUGUUGCAUUUGGAAAUGAUAGUUUAUUUCGAUUGAGGGUAUCAUCUCGAAAGGCUUCUGGAUGAAGACGUGUUCGAAGGUUUGGAUUAACUUGCGCAUCCGAUACUGGGUGUAUUGAUGUUCAGGAUUACUCUUUGGAAACAAGGGAUUCUUUGAAUGAGAUACAACACCAAACAGGACUCUCUUCUAUGUUCAUCCUCUACUUGCUUUGUCAAGGUAUCAAAGAAUUCAGAAAAUCUUGUUGGAUGAGAUCUCCUAGAUGUUGUAACACUAGCAGUGUUGUGUCUGUCAGCGUUCAUUUUCACCAUACUCUUAUUCAGCGAGCAAGGACAUUCAAAUGUGAUGUUCUGAAACCUAAAGCAGCUCAUUCGUUAAAUGAGAACUAAACAUUCGAGAAACAUGCAGUGACGGCCGCAUGCUCUAGUGAACCGUGUACAGAAGCCGAAAGCGUAACCUCCGGCGAGACGAAGAGGAACAUCUGGAUUCUUUAUUUUUGGUUUUGAUUAUUUAAGUGAGCCAUGUCUGCUAGAGCAAUCAAGGUGUUUCAUUGGCAGAAAUUGACACUACCCUCUCGUUGCCGAGCGUAUUCACACUGCCCCACCGUUCUCUCGCACCUCGCCUUCCCGAAGUGCACCACCUCUCUUACUAAUGGAUGUCUAAUUCAGUUAUGGUAACGAUCCUUGCGCAUUUCAGGGAAGAGUACACAUAGCAAUGUCAGUGAGGACAAGAAGGCAUUUAAUUUCAAUUUUUGCCUGUAUGUGUCCAUCUAAUCGAAUGAGGCAUCAGAACAUGCGUGUAUAGCAUUACCCUCUUAUGCCCUGUAUUUUAAAUCCUUCCCUUUGUUGUCAAAAGCGCACAUUUACAGGGUUACAGUUUCAACAGUCUUUCAAAAAAUCGGUAAAGGAGAAUACUGAGCAGUUGUGCCUGGUAGAGUGCAGGUCUGAUAUCGUUUUUCUUUGAUCACAGACACCUUCUAACGGUUCCUAUAAUCCUUUGAUUUUUAGUCUAAGGACAUUUUGAAACAGCAUUUCGUCUCAAGAUGCAACGAUUCAUGCUACAGGAUUUCAAGAUCAAUCUCUCGGUUUUCAUUUCUUGAUACUUUCAUCUGCUGGUGAAGGUUUCGUAGAGAUCACUGAUCAUGAGACCGGCUCCUGGGAUAAUGAUUUUAAUUUUGAUUUUUAGUCCUGUGUGAUGGGAUUAGUAAUUUGAGUACCGGUAGAACUUUCCUGAAUCCAAGAUGUGGAAUAAUAUAAAACCAUGAUGCCUUCCAUGUAGAAACUGCUACAGAGUAUCCAAGACAAUUAGGAUUAUCUCAUUGAAGAUCUUCGACACUUACAGUAAGUGUCUUCCAAGAAGAAAGAUGAAGCGAACCAAUUCGGUGAUCAUUAUAGAGUUUUCCGGCAAGACGAGCAGUCCGACCAACAAGAGUGUCCUGGUAGAGGAUGAAAUCGUCAAGAUGGCGUCCCAACCUCAGAUGUACGACUCCUUUGUCACAUCCUUCACCUUCGACUGCAAGACCCAGUGGCGGGAAUCGCUCGUCGUCAUACAGCAGCUCUACAAGACGAAGGCGCUCUGCGACUUUACGCUCCGUUGCGGCGCUUCGUCGUUCCUCUGCCAUCGCCUCGUGCUGGCAGCCUGCAGUCCGUAUUUCCGUGCCAUGUUCAUGUCGGAGAUGAUCGAGAGCAGGCACGACAGCCUGGAGGUCCAGGACAUUGAUGAGAAGUCUCUGGAGGCCAUAGUCGAGUUCAUGUACACCUCGAAGAUAGUUCUGACAGUGGACAACGUACAGAAGAUCCUCUUUGCUGGAUCGCUUCUCCAGAUGGAUGAAGUCAGUAAAGCUUGCAGUGACUUCAUGAAGUGCCAUCUCCACCCCUCCAACUGCCUCGGGGUUAGGACAUUCGCGGACCAGCACGGUUGCACCACGCUGUCUGGCGCAGCGGACUCCUAUGCCCAUGAACAUUUCUUGGAGGUGGUGAGCCAGGAGGAGUACUUUAGCAUUGAUGCGCAGCAUCUCAUGGUGUUGAUCGCAUCACAUGACAUUAUGAUAGAACAUGAAAGUCAAGUCUAUCAGGCCAUCAUGAAGUGGGUGAAGUUUGACCUGCCCAACAGAGAAAGACACCUUGCUGCACUCAUGUCAAAGGUACGUCUUCCCAUGGUGCCGGCCAGCUACCUGAUGGAGGAGGUGGAGCGGGAGGAGCUGAUCAAGAAGUGCCACAAGUGCAGGGAUCUGGUGGACGAGGCCAAGAACUACCACCUGUCCGUGGGCAAAGUCCUGCGGGACACACCCACCUCCAGCCUGGUAAAAGACCCCAACAGGCUCACUCCAAGGAAGAGCUCUGCAGGAGUUCUCUUUGUGGUGGGCGGUCGUGGAGCGACGGGCGACCCCUUCAAAUCCAACGAGUGCUACGACCUGCGCAACAAUCGCUGGAUCCCGGUCACGGAGAUGAGCAUGAAGCGAAGGCACGUCGGGGUCACGGCAACCGACGCUGGUCACAUAUUUGCUGUCGGUGGCUUUGACGGCAGGGACCAUCUCAACACGUCCGAGAAGUUUGAUCCUCAUACAAACAAGUGGGUCAAUUUGGCGCCCAUGGCAAAAGCACGGAGAGGCCUGGGUGUGACGCAGCUAGGCACACCUAUCUACGCCAUCGGGGGACUGGACGACAACCUCUGCUUCAGCGAGGUGGAGCGGUACGAUCCUCAGACCGACUCCUGGAGCUCUGCUCAAUCCAUGAACUGUGCCAGGGGUGGUGUGGCAGUGGCUGUUCUCAAUGGACGCAUCUAUGCUGUCGGAGGCAACGAUGGAUCAUCAACCCUGAGUUCUUGCGAGCGCUAUGACCCCCAUCUCGACAAGUGGACCAUAGUAUCACCUAUGAACACCAGGAGAGCCGGGGGAGGGACUGCAGUCAUCAACGGUUUCCUCUAUGCUAUCGGCGGUUUUGACCACAGCUCGCCCCUGAACACGGUGGAACGCUACGACCCCCAGAGGAACGACUGGACCAGCAUGGCCCCCAUGUCUACCAGUAGGGGUGGAGUGGGCGUGUCGGUCCUAGGGGGCAAGAUCUUUGCCAUCGGGGGACACAACGGUUCCAAUUAUCUCACGUCGGUCGAAUGCUAUGAUCCACUUACGAAUAGUUGGUCAGCUGUCCAAGACAUUGGGACCUGUCGAGCGGGAGCUGGGGUUGCCAUCUGCCAUUGCCUUAUUUCAUCCCUCAAGGAGAUUCCUAGGCCUAACAUGGUGAGCUGUGUAUGAUGCAGUGAGGACGUCAAGAAUGGCAGUGUCUUCAA